AUGAAGAAGGGUAGAGUCAAUCUCAGGCAGUGGCGGGUAUCAAACGCUUUUUAUAAGGUUCUUCAACGCCCUCACAUUCCAAUUGCAAUUUCUGUGAGCAGUGGCAAAGCUUUUGAAUAUAGUGUCUCUCCUCUCUGUUUACCCAUCCACCCUUCCAGAUACAGCAGGAUCAUGAGCGGGACUUCUGAAAAGAAACUAGUGUUCAGGAAUGUUGUUGGUCUGGAAUAUAGCUUGUCUGGACUCACGGGAAACACUCUUGACAGUCACAGGCUUAUAUAUUUUGCAGGACAGCAAGAAGGACCAGAAGAGUUUCUUAAGGAUCCCAACAAUGGUCUGAAGGAGGUUGAGGAAGAGAUUAACACGAUUUCUGGAAACAUUUCAGGGGUUCCAUACUAUGUGGUAGGUGUAUACAGUGUUGAAAUUCCAAGAAAUGCUUAUGCUGGAUUUAGUAGGGAAAGAAUCAUAAUUUCUCCACAGUCCCUUUUGGCGGUAAAAGUAGGAUAUCACAAUAACUUUUCUAUCAGAGCUUAG